UAGUAGUUAUUAAUACUUAUCAUGUAAGCCGCAAAGAUAGAGAUAGGAAUGGCAGCGAAUAAGAAAGUUUCGUCGGCUGUUCUUUACGGGAAAAAGGAUUUAAGACUGGAGGACGGAGAGUUUUCUGCCGAGCCCGGUAAAGGAGAGGUAUUAAUAGGAGUCCAGUCAGUUGGUAUAUGUGGUAGUGAUAUUCAUUUCUGGGUUGAUGGUCAUAUUGGUGAUUGUACUGUAGUAGCUCCUACAAUAUUGGGACAUGAGGCCAGUGGUGUCGUUAUUGCAAUAGGAGAAGGUGUCACCAACCUUCAACCUGGGGAUCGUGUUGCUAUAGAGCCAGGUAUACCUUGUCACCAUUGCCAGUACUGUAAAAGUGGACACUAUAAUCAUUGUCCUUAUGUCAAAUUUGGAUCGACUUCACCUAACAAUGGCUACCUCACUAAUUACACCAUUCAUCCAGCAGAGUAUUGCUUCAAGCUACCAGACCAUGUCUCAUUUGAUGAAGGUGCACUGUUAGAGCCUGUUAGUGUUGCAGUUCAUGCUUGUCGUAGGGUCAGUGUUGGAUUAGGUAGUAAAGUACUCAUAACAGGAGCAGGUCCAAUUGGAUUGGUAUGUUUGAUGGUUGCUAAAGCUUGUGGGGCCUCUGUACUAAUAGCUACAGAUCUGGACAGUAAGAGGCUAGAAGUUGCUAAAUCUUGUGGAGCUACCCACACUUGUCUCAUUGAUAAGACCAGUACUAGUAGACAAGUAGCUGAAGAAGUGAAGAGGACAAUUGGUGCAUCUCCUGAUAUCACUAUUGAAUGCUCUGGAGCUGCUUCUGCAAUAUCUGCUGGGAUAUAUGCUACUAAAUCAGGAGGGUCUGUGCUAAUGGUUGGAUUAGGUGCUCCUCUUGCUACUCUCCCAAUAGUUGAUGCCAGUGUUCGUGAAGUUGACCUUAUUGGUGUAUUUAGAUAUGUGAACUGUUUCCCAGCAGCUCUGGAUCUGAUAGCAUCAGGUAAAAUCAACACUAAGGCUCUUCUUUCUCACAAAUAUGCUCUGGGUGAGGUACUCUCUGCAUUCGAGAUGGCUAAGAGUGGAAAAGCAGUCAAAGUUAUUGUAGACUGUUCUUUUUAAGAAUGAGUUAUAGUCUAUUAUAUAUACUGGUAAUCAUUUUCAUCAUGUAAAUUUAUUUUUGGGUGCAAAAAAGAAUUAUUAAUUUUUUUACUGUUUGUAUAAUGAAUUUAA